AUGGGCGAGCCCCGCCCCCGCCCCCGCGGCAGCGGCAGCGGCCGCAAGCCGAGCGCGGCCAUGCGCGCGCUGCGCGGCGCCCGCGACCUCUACGUCCGCGGGCUCAGGGGCCUCGACAGGCUGCUCGCGGCGGCGAGUCCCAGGAGGGCCGGCAUGGGCCGGCCGACGUCGUGGGUCUUCGGCGGCGUCGGCAGCCGGCACUCCGAGGAGGACCUGCGGGACCUCGUGCGCGUCAUGCAGGCCCGGCGCGCCGCGGCGGCCUCUGUUGGAAGCGGCGGGAAUAAGGAGGACGCCGCCAGCAGCGCGCCGCCUGUCAAGAGGCGCGGGGCCACGCCGCUGCAGAGGAUCAACGAGGAUGCGGCCGUCGUGCACCCGACCAGCUGA